GUAGUUGUGUACUUUUGUUACCUGUUUCUUCAACGAUGUUUUCGUGUAACUAUUGUUCUCUGACUUUUACUACGGAGCAAGAACUCAAUGUUCAUAUGGAACAGUGCGACAAAAACACACAACCGCCGAUGUCGGAAACAAGUGAUUUGGACUUAUAUAUUUGUGAAUCCUGUACUGCGGAUUUUGAGACUGCAGAAGAACUUGCCAUGCAUGAAAAAACGUGCGAAAUGAAGAAACUCACAGCAACGUUGGCAUUUUAUUCAUCUCAGCUCGAGGAACUCACUAGAAAUCUUAAAAUCUCUGACAAAGCGGUUGCUUUAAAGUCGAAACACUGUGGAAAUUGUAAGAUGAGUUUUACAACGCGGGAAGACUACAUUGCUCACAGGCGUACGUGUAUAAUUAGAAAAGUGAGAAAAUUACUGCAAAAAUUGAACAUAAACCUUGAAGAGCGGAAGUCAAGUGCUAGUAGCCCGUAUAGCUAUGAAUCGAAAUCUGAUGAAGAAAACGCACCUCUUUCUGGUACACCAUUGACAUCGGAACAUGAUUCUUCUGUACAAACGAACUUGAUUAAUCCUGUUGAUGUAAGUCGCGCCAUAUGCUCUGCGAUGCCUCCAUCGACGUCAAAAGACUGCUCUGUACAGAAAUCUGAUAGAAAACGACCCUUACAGACUUCUUCAACUUCUGACUCUAGUCUGGAAUCUCCUCCGUCGAAAACUUUUGUAUUAAGUGAGAUGAAACAAGAAAUUACCACUGAUAGUACAAGUCACGUCGCUAUACCCAAGUCGGCACCUCUUUCUGGUACACAAUUGACAUCGGAACGUGAUUCUUCUGUACAAACAAACUUGAUUAAUCCUGUUGAUGUAAGUCGCGCCAUAUGCUCUGCGAUGCCUCCAUCGACGUCACAAGACUGCUCUGUACAGACAUCUGAUAGAAAACGACCCUUACAGACUUCUUCAACUUCUGACUCUGGUCUGGAAUCUCCUCCGCCGAAAAAGUGGGUUAAGUAUCCUCGCUUUCAAUGUAUCUUCUGUUUACUACGUUUUCACACGUUAGACGAAUUAAAAACUCAUGUUCCCGAGUGUCCAAAAUUAUACAUUUAGUAUUCUUUUGCCCGGUCUAAGAAGAAUCAGUUUAGAACAAUGUGUGUGACGAUUAACACACAGGAUAUUGUAUUGUUGGAAAAGGAGACGUGAAUCAAAUAAGAUAAUAAAUUGUAACAUACAUUCAAUUCAUUGUCAUAUACAAAAUGGUANUAUCUUUAUAUAAUAUUUAAUUCUACAGUCUGUUUAAAAAAGAUAAAAAACUUAAUUAUUUAUAUCAUAAAAUAAAAUGAAAUGNUAUGUGUUACAGAAAACGAUUGCAGGAAAUACGAAGUGUCAAAUGAUAUAGGACCUUUCUUUUUUAUUUUCACAACCUCAGAACUUAUCUGCAAAAAAGACACAACUGUUGAAAAAAGAAUAUCACAACAGAAUACUUCUAGAUCAAUAAACGUAAAAUAAAAUGACGAAAGAUUUACAAUCAGCUGACAUUUUCAUCACUUUUGACGACGAUCACUUCGUCGAUUAGAUUUAAGUACAUAUAUUAUUGAAUAUAGUGUACGGUUACAAUGUUUUAUGAUUAGCUUGAUGAUAGUUCUUUAGUGUACAUAUUAGAAUAUAGAUCUCAAAUGAAAAUUUAAAAAAAGCCGUCAGUGUAUGUCGGAUUCUAAUCUUUUAUUCAGUUUUUUACUUCACUCUGUUUUAUAUUCUUAAGUCAUUUAUACUUA